AGCACAAACAAUGGCACAUUUUACCUGAAGAUUGUCUCCGUCACCCCUACACCCCCAGACGACCUGGAGUUUUUCCUAGAGCAAAAUAGUACAAAAGAGGGGCCUCUAUGUAUCUAUAUUCUUUCUUUCAUUAACUUUUAACUAUAGUGUGACUGACUAUUUCAAUCAUCCACUUCAGAAAGCAGAGAAAUACACCAUCCUGGUGGAGGCUAAAGACCGUGGAGAGGUUGUUCAGCUCUCCAGCACCUGUACAGUCAUCAUCAAUGUUGAGUAUGGAAACAACCAUCUGCCAGUCUUCACUGGGCAAACGGUGGGCAACAUAAUUCUAUCCUCCUCACUUCAUCACAAGAACUCGUGGGAGUAUGUUAAAAUACACUAAUGAAUCUCCAUAACCACAACUGUGACCAUAUAAUGUUCCAUCAUGCUGGGAUAUGAUGUUAUUUCAGGCUGCAGGAAACAUCAAGGAGAGAGAAAGCAGUGAUGUACCAGUUCUUCGGCUUCAAGUUUCAGACCAAGAUACCAAAGGUACUGAUGCCUGGAAGGCUAAAUACACUAUCCACAGAGACAAGGACCAUAACUUCAGAAUCGCCACUGACCCAGAGACCAACGAAGGAGUCUUGUUUGUUGGAAAGCCUCUGGACUAUGAGGACGGCUCUCUGAGGAACCUGUCAGUCAGCGUGGAGAACGAGAUGCCCUACUUCUCUUGUAAGAUCAAAGGUUGUCCCGUCACAGGCCUGUGGGAUGUGGUCACCACAUGGGGGACAUCUUUGACAGGCAUCACACCGCCCCCGCUGCCCAACCGCCAGGUGACAGUCAUGGUGGAGGAUGUCAACAACCCGCCCCUCUUCACCCACGCCGUCAAAACCAUGAUGGAGGAGGAGAACAUGAAGCUGGGCCGCUACCUGGAGAAGUUCACCGCCAUCGACCUGGACCGGAGCCACGCCAGCACCUUCAUGUUAGACUGGGGAUUUAACCCGCCCUUCAGCCAGCCUCCCAUGACUGGAACUGGAACGCUCAACAUCCAUAUAAAGGACCAGAAUGACAAACUUCCAGAGCUGGAGAUGGCCACCAUGGACAUGUGUCUGUCAGAUGAGCCAUCCAAGGUCAACAUCACAGCCUACGACCUAGAUGGAGAGCCCUACAGCGGACCCUUCUACUUCCAGCCACAAGGGGACGACGUCAAGGGCAAGUGGAGGAUUGACUCUGACAAUGGAUACACAGUGAACCUGGAGAAGGAGAACCCAGUGUACGCAGAUCACUACAACCUUCUGCUCAUGGUGUUAGACCAGCAGGGUCAGGGAGCCCUCCACAACCUGUCCGUCACUGUAUGUGACUGCUCUGGUGGCCAGCUGCAGUCUCGGCAGGGCCUCUGGAACCAAGAUUGGAGCGAGGGCUUAAAAGAGAACUGA